UUGCGGAGGCGCACUAAUGGAGGUCCGAGGUGAAAUUGAAGGUGGCGAUUUGGGAUUAAACCUUGGUCUCUACACAUCGUAGGCGGGUUUUCUCCCUGUUCAAUUGCCCGUCUGUAAACGACAUUGUGCGGUUCUGAUAAAAACCAGUUCCAUGUUUGACGUAUCUUCAAGCGCGCUCCCGUCAAGCAGUUAGUUAGUCGCCCGCAUCUGUUUGAGAUAGCACGAGGAGACACCUUUCAGUUCACCAGUUUCCCCCUCAUUAAAUAAUUGUUUACUGAAAUAACCAUACACAUACCAAUUACCCAGUUGAUACACUUUUACUCGAAUAACAACUGCUUUCUUUGCCCUGUCACAACAACAUAGCAGCUAACGGAAGUUAGCCAGCUAGUUACUGUAGCAUAGGACGAUCUGAGGAAACGUUACAGAUUUCUUCAAGUCUUGAUUUUCACGUCUGAAUCUGAGACCACACUACUAUCUGUUCUAAGCAAAGGUCAGGAACACUCCCUCAGAAAACAUUUCACUAGUGACCAUUCAUGAACAAAACAGCAGCAUGAUGAAACACACACACAGCUGGUGCCAGACACCCCCCUCAGUCACGGUGAGAAUCAAACCCAACACAGCACACACCCUCCAGAUCAAGAGAGGCCUGAGGCUGAAGAGACCCAACCUGCAAGUGGCCCAGGGGCCUCCAGGCAAGAGUCAACCCAGCCAAAGUCAUGUCGAGGCCACAAAGGGCAAAAUCAUAUGGGGCCCGACGCUUGUCAUUCAACGAGACGAGAUGGCAGCCUUCUUCAGACUUUUUGAUGACGAUUUGAUACAAGACUUUCUGUGGAUGGACUGCUGUUGCAAAGUCACAGACAAGUACCUUCUAGCCAUGGCGUUUGUCUACUUCAAGAGGGCUCGCUUCAGUAUUGGCGAGCACAACAGAACAAACUUUUUCAUUGCACUAUACCUAGCCAACACCAUGGAGGAGGAUGAGGAGGAGAGCAAAUACGAGAUCUUCCCAUGGGCGCUGGGCAAGACCUGGAGGAAGCACUUCCCUCGCUUUCUCAAGCAGCGGGACAAGCUGUGGGCUCGCAUCGAGUACCGGGCUGCAGUCAGCCGCCGCUGCUGCGAGGAGGUGAUGGCCAUCGUGCCUACCCACUUCAUCUGGCAGCGGGAGCGCGCCGAGCACCACAGCGGCGCUCAGCGGUUCUACAUUGGCGACCGGGAGAAGGUACACAUCCCCCGCGGGCCCUCCGCCUCCCCCGCCCCCUGUGCCCUCUGCGCCAAGAGCUCCGGCCUGGGCCUCUCUUCUUCCUCGGACUCUGGAUCCUCAACCUCCCUUUCGUCCUCCCCACUACCCUUUGCCCUGGCCCUCUCCCUGGAGACGACUCCACCCAGGUCCCAGGCUUCAUCCUCCCGCAGACCGGGCGAAAAAAAGACCAAGGUCCAAACCAAGGCCCAGCGCCCCUGCUGCUGCACAGAGGAGGCCCCAAGGAACGAGUCUUAUUGUGGAGCAGGACACGACCCAUCUAUGGACUGGAUCAACGAGGAGUAGAAUAGUACUACAAAAACCAACUCAGGACUACAUUUCCCAACCCUGGUCCUGUGAUGCACUGAUUCCCAACUUGUGCUUUUCAUUCUGUGAAGCAUGUAUUUAGUUUUCAUAAAAUCUAUAGAAUGCCAAUUUACUGCUCUACCUCGAUUAGGUGGUUUAAAUGGAAACUAGCAUCCACAGGGGACUAAAUCCUAUCUUGAGUAUUUGUGUAACUAACUUGUAGUUGUCUCUCAUUUAUCAAGUUAGGAAUUGGUUCAGGGCUUCUUUGAUCAGGGUUUAUAUUGUUGCUUUAGAUAAAGGCAUGUAACAUUUCCCUCAACUGUCCUGACAUGCCAUGAAAUAUGAAACAUUCCAGUUAAAACAUUUGCUUCACUUUGUUCGAUGUAUACUUUUUAUAGACACAACCUGUACAAGGACUUAAGUCAAACUCUCGGGCCUCUGUGUAGUCAAUGUCUUUGCUUUAAAAAAGCUCGUAAAUUCCGUAAAGGUGGACACGGUUGAUUUUUUUCAGAACUGAUUAAUCACUCAAAACACUUAUUUGCUGAAGCACUUCAAGGUCUUGCACAUUGGGCGGAUCCUGUAAUGGAUUUGCGGCGGGAACUGUUGACUAAUUCCUCAAAUCAGCUGGAUGGAUAUGUACAGCAUUUGAUCCAUGAGUGAAGGCUUUAUUGGCCAAUGGGGUUACAGUGGGUAUGUUCUGUGAUACUGACUUGCCAGUCUAAUGGCCUUACAAUAAAGGCUUCUUAUGUC